AUGACAGCAUUACUACAAGAUCCAACUAUACAAAAGAUUUUGGGAGAAGUGAACAAAGCCGCAAGUGGUGGUGCACUAGGACAAGCUGGUGCUUAUUCGGGACAAACAUUUGAUGCUGUUGGAUCGCAAUCAUUUUAUCAAUCUAAUGGAUAUCCGUCAAAUAUCUAUGAUACUGCGUUCGAUAGUGACAUAGAUCUGAGUACCCCAUCAAUACCCAUGACAAAUGGAAAUUUUAAUUUAUAUUCAGGCUUUGUUGGUAGUGAUCAGUUUUCAACAGAAUAUAUUGCUCCUUUCAAAUAUCGAUAUUAUGGUCAUUAUCAAACGGGUGAAUCAAAGACCAGAGUUCAAGCGACACCGAGUGCCACAUCGUCUGUUAACAACGGUGUUUCAAUUGAGCAAGUUCAUUCUAGUUUUAUACCAUCAUCAAUACCAAAUUUGGGUCUAAAUGUACGCAUAGAAAAUAACACGAUAGAGGAAACACUGCCAACUGAACAACUGAUGAAUAAUUUAGCGUUAUCAAAUGACAAUACUCAGAGCAAUCAUGUCCACAACAAUAAGGCAUCAUCAAUUGACAUUCAACGUUCAUCACCAGCUGAUGGUUCUGAUCCUGACUUUGUUGAGAGUCAAUCAAAUUCAAACCUGAAUGGUUUUCCAAUAGAAAACUUAGAUCAACAAACAUUAGCAUCAGCAGGAAAAAUAUAUUAUGAUCCAAAUCCUCAAAUUAUCAAACGUCAGGGUAUAGGCUCCGUUACUUAUAAACAAAAUAUUCUUAUUCGAUUUUUACAACCGCCGCCAAUUCCAGCAGCUGGACCACUAAUCAUUAAAGAGGUUCGACGUCCUCAACCUCCGCCAUUACCGCCUUUAGUUAUCAAACAACGUCCAACUCCUCCAAAAACACCACCGCCUCUCAUUUUACGCGAGCGCCCACCGCCUAUUCCACAACAAGUUCAGUCUAAAAUUAUAACCCGACAACUUCCAGCCGAACCGCCUCCUCCACGAGCAGUAAUUAUCGAACGACUCCCUCCUUUACCACCUAAACCUCGCGAUAUAAUCAUUGAACGCUGGUUACCAUAUCAAUUAAGUCAAAAACGAAAAGUCUUAGUUCAACGAGCUCCGAUUAUCAAAGAAUAUCUAAAACCCAAGAAUGUCAUUAUCAUAUAUGAACCGGUCCAAGCUCAAAUUAUCCGGCAAUUUCAAAAGCUAGGUGUUGUUCGACAAGAUCCCAAAACUUAUAUCAAUCGUUAUGGAGCUCAACUUCAAGAUGCUAUAACGUUGGAAGAAGAAGCGAGAAAAGCUGGUGUUACUGAAGAUAUUAAUCCACCAUCAAUUGUCAAAAAUGGUGGAUUAAGGAACACCUAUGGAUUUGAUUCCGAUACAUCGUUAGGUGCUAAUGAACUGGAUGAACAACUCACUGAGUUAGGAGAAGGCAAUAUAUUUGAUAACGGUUCUACGGCAUUUACAAAUGAAGACGAACAAUCAAUUAGAAACAUUCAUUCAUCAUCCAGUGUUAAAAGAAUUCAUCUAUCAACAUCAAAUAAAACUCUUGACGAACAACAAGGUGUUGAAAAUCGUCAAGAUAACAAUGGACAACCAUUUUAUAUUAAUAAUAAUAAUAAUAAUGUUGUUGAUAGUGGUGAUAAUAUUUGA